AUGAGAACAAGCACUGUACUCAUACCACUCAUUGCUUUCACAUUUGGUGUGCUUUUCCGCUACUGGCCUCGCUCGUGCCUCUGCCACAUCAACCAACGGUUGGACGGUCGUGUGGCCCUUGUAACAGAUGGACCCUCAUUCAUGGGUCCCGAAAUUGCAGCCGAAUUGGCACGUCGAGGUGCUACAGUGUUGCUCGGCUGCCAGAGCAAGCAGCAUUUCGAUUCUGUCCGUGAUAAAGUGCUGCGCCUCUAUGGUGUUGACGGAGAAAGGGUGAAUAUGGACUUUGCAGACGAGGUGGUUAAAAAAAACCUUACUCCAGUUCAGGAACCUCAGUUGAAGUACAUGCCACUGCACCUAAAUUCUCUAAAAUCCAUAAAAGACUUUGCAAAAGAGAUUAUGAAUGUGACAAGUCGAUUAGACUUCUUGAUCAACAACGCAGUGGUCAGUCACGGCCCCUAUUUCACGACCAUGGAUAAUUACGAGUCCACCAUGGCAAUUGGCCACUUGGCGCACUACCUACUUACGGAUGAACUGCGACCGCUUCUUUUAAAAACGAAACCUGGUGCACGAAUCAUCAUUAUUUCGUCGGCUGAACAUACCAGUGGCUCGUUCAAGGAACAUGGCUUCUUCAUAAAUUACAACGGAUUCAACUCAGUCAAGGCUCUUGCACAAGUUAAGCUUGCCAAUGUUAUACACGGAGUGAUAUUAGCCCAGAAAUUUAAAGGAACCUCCGUGAUACCCGUUAGCGUUCACCCAGGAUACGUGCUUCCCGACUUUGGCGUGUUCAUACCAGCCAUUUUUGGAGCAUUUUUCAAAACUUACUGGGAGGCCGGUCAGUCUGUCCUCUACCUGGCAUUGACACCCAAACUCCAACCAGGCGGUUACUACUCAAACUGCCAACUGGUUGAACCAGCAAAAGAGGCGAAGGAUGAAGAAAUUAUUAAGUUUGUCAGGAGCGAAAGUGAUCGGCUGAUUAAUUUAAAAAUUUAG